CCAAGCUCUGUCAUGGCGGCAUCGAGGCCUCAAGCCGGUGUGUGGAAGCAAGAUGUUGAGCUUCUUGUCCGCUCGACAGUCGGGUUUGGAGGACCCUCUUCGCUUGCGUAGAGCGCAGUCCACACGGAGGGUCCUGGGACUGGAGUUAAACAAAGACAGGGAUGUUGAAAGAAUCCAUGGCAGUGGAGUUAACACUCUGGACAUUGAGCCUGUUGAAGGAAGAUACAUGCUGUCAGGUGGUUCCGAUGGCGUGAUUGUACUCUAUGACCUUGAGAAUGCCAGCAGACAGCCCUAUUACACAUGUAAAGCAGUGUGUUCCAUUGGCAGAAGCCAUCCCGAUGUUCACAAAUACAGCGUGGAGACUGUUCAGUGGUAUCCUCAUGACACUGGCAUGUUCAUAUCCAGCUCAUUUGAUAAAACUCUGAAAGUAUGGGAUACAAACACAUUGCAGGCUGCAGAUGUGUUUAAUUUUGAGGAAACAGUUUACAGUCAUCACAUGUCCCCAGCAGCCACCAAGCACUGUCUGGUAGCAGUCGGAACUAGAGGACCCAAAGUACAACUUUGUGACUUAAAGUCUGGAUCCUGUUCUCACAUCCUACAAGGUCACAGACAGGAAAUAUUGGCAGUUUCCUGGUCCCCACGCUAUGACUAUAUCUUGGCAACAGCAAGUGCUGACAGUAGAGUAAAAUUAUGGGAUGUGAGAAGAGCGUCAGGAUGCUUGCUUACUCUUGAUCAGCAUAAUGGGAAAAAGUCACAAGCUGUUGAAUCAGCAAACACUGCUCACAAUGGGAAAGUUAACGGCUUGUGUUUUACAAGUGACGGGCUUUACUUGCUCACCGUAGGCACAGACAACCGGAUGCGGCUCUGGAAUAGCUCCAGCGGGGACAACACACUGGUGAACUACGGGAAGGUGUGUAUCGACAGCAGGAAAGGGCUGAAGUUUGCUGUCUCCUGUGGCUGCAGCUCAGAGUUUGUGUUUGUUCCCCAUGGCAGCACCAUUGCUGUGUAUGCAGUCCACUCAGGAGAGCGGCUCGCCAUGCUUAAGGGACAUUACAAAAGUGUGGACUGCUGUGUGUUUCAACCUAAUUUCCAGGAACUUUACAGUGGGAGUAGGGACUGCAAUAUUCUUGCUUGGGUACCAGCUUCAUAUGAACCAGUUCCUGAUGAUGAUGAUAAAGCUCCAACCAAAUCCCAGUUGAACCCAGCGUUUGCGGAUGCCUGGAGCAGCAGUGAUGAGGACGGGUGACUGUCAGUCCAGCGCCUAGGCUCCUUGUCCCUCAGACUUCCAGAGCAGUGCUGUGUGCACUUCAGCACGGGGCUGUCCUUCCUGUUAUUGUUGUUUCAGACAGUGUCUCACUGUGUAACCCUGGCUAGCCUGGACUAGCCUGGCACUCUGUAUAGAGCAGACUUGUUGUUUCAGACAGUGUCUCACUGUGGAACCCUGGCUAGCCUGGACUAGCCUGGCACUCUGUAUAGAGCAGACUUGUUGUUUCAGACAGUGUCUCACUGUGUAACCCUGGCUAGCCUGGACUAGCCUGGCACUCUGUAUAGAGCAGACUCAGCUCACACCUGCAGCCAGAAGUUCUGCCUUCACUCCCAGGUGCUGGGGUUAGAGGUGUGUACCAUGUGGCCCCUCCUGUGUGUGCAUGUUUGUUUCAUUGUUUUUUAAAAACUUUUUAGUCAGUUUCUAGCCUGUUGAUCCUGAAUUUGGGAUAUUUUCCUCUGUUUUAAAAUGAGAUUAAUAUUUAUAAAACCCUGAAAUACACUUUUCUAUAGGUUAAUUAAUUAAAACUUGUCUCCUUGAGCUCAUUUACCAGGGUGGUGGUCCAGCUCCUAUGGGCACAGCACAAGAACAGAGUCAUUAUUCUCAUUCAGGGCCUUAUGUGCAUUCCAGAAGCUGAAAGGUGUGGUCUCAGAGGAAGGUAUCAGCUCUGAAUCCUCUGACUGUGCUGUUGGCCUGCCCUUUCUACCUUCAGGGAGGAUUUUAGCAAGGAGAACUAGAUAAACAAUACUUGUUGUUGCAAAGGUGGCAUCAUAACUCUAUGUUCCUUUUACUCAAACUGAAUGGCUUCAUGUAAUUGAGCAUAUUCUCCCUUCUUGUUGAAUGUUGACAGUUCAUGCAUCUUGCAGUCUGAACAUCAUAUCACAUGGGCAAUCCCUGACCGCUUUGUAUGACUUUCAGAGGGCAGCUUGCACUGCUCUCAGUCUCAAUUCCUUUCUGUGAAACUCAGUAAGAUCCAUGCAGGGAUCUAGAUUAAACAUGAACCGUCUUACAACUAUU